AUGCAGUUCAGAAUAAUAAAUUAAUUAAACUUUCUGAAAUUAAAUAGCUAAAAAUAGAGAGGAAAUAAUAGAUCUCAAAGAAAAUUUCGAUAAAAAUCAGAAAGUAAAUAUAGAUAUAAAAUAAUAAUUGAAAAAAGAAAGGAUAAAAUUAAUAGAUUAAAUAAAGAAGCAAAUUAAAUAAGCACAUUAAAUGAUAUAUUAACAAAAAGAAAUAAAAAGUUUAAAAAUAGAAAUUACUAGAAUGGAAAAUGGAUUGAAAUAGGAUAUUGA